AUGCAAGUGCUUGCACCAGCUCUUGCUCGACGUGGGAUAUCUCGGUUAGCUGUCGGUUCGCGAGCUGCUGCAACGACCAAUAUUGGCGAUUUGGCAACAGCUCGAUUGGCCAGAGGAUCUAUCAUUGGAGGAACUAUUACGACUCGACCUGUUGUGCAUAGAACACAACUGCACGCCAUGUCUUCUUCAACGCAGAAUGAGCUGCGGUUCAAGAACCCCAGAAUAUUUGUUUGCGAUAUUCAAGAGAAGUUUCGCAAUGUCAUCUAUGAAUUUGACAGCAUUGUUCUCACUACCCAGAAGCUCCUUAAAUUCGCCAACUCCCUUUCUGUCCCUGUUGUAACUACAACACAAACAUCAGUCAAACUUGGUCCUACGGUGUCGUCUCUUGCUCAGCUAUUGCCCUCGGCACCCCACGAUAAGACCAAGUUCUCCAUGGUCAUCCCCUCUGUCGUUGCCGAUUUACCUCCGAACUCUGAGAUCGCUCUGGUGGGCAUCGAGUCUCACAUCUGCAUUACUCAAACAGCACUUGAUCUGCGCAAUGCUGGUCACAAGGUCUAUGUCAUCGCUGAUGGAGUGUCGAGUUGCAACCCGCGCGAGGUGGGCAUCGCGCUGGAUCGAUUGCGCGCUGAGCCUGGAAUCACAGUGACUUCGAGCGAGAGUUGGAUGUAUGAGUGUGUCGGAGAUGCAUCUCACCCGGCAUUCAGGGCACUUUUUGGUGUCGUGAAGGAAUCAAUGGCUGACACCAAGAGGGUUUGGCAAACCUUGCCCCCGGAGUCAAAGAUCUAG